GAGAGAGGAAGGGAGAGAGUCAUCUACAAAGCCAGAGGGACAGGAGGGAAUUUAGCCUGCAAAAACUUUCCAGUUUUUUUCUCUUUUAUUUUGUCUUUCUCAUUCUCAGCUGCUAUUUUGCAUCCUGGUGGUGUGGAGAACACAAGAGCAGGGUGGAGGAGGUGAGGGGGAGCAGAGGUUGGUCAUUUAGAGGGAAGCCGGUGGAUAUUUUGUAAGAGCACUCUUCUCUGACACUCACAACAGGAUGAGUGUGUAAGGAAAAGCUGGAGAGACUGAGGCUCACCCUGCCUUAUUUCAUUAUAAACGCACUCGCAAACCAGGAGAAGACGACAGAGAGGGAGGCAAACAGUGUCUACUCGGAAGCGAACGAGAGGAGAGGGUCCGUAACGCUGGAGUCCAAGGACAAACCAUGGACUCUGCACACCGCCCACUUUACCUGGAUGUCCAACAUGUUCCCUGCUAGCCUACUGGUUCUGAUGAUCCUGCUGCUACCUCAAGCCUCAUCAGGUCACCAGAGGGGUCCCAGUCAGACUCAUGGAAACCUGCCCACUGCUUUAGAGCCUAGUUUGGCCCACACCAUUCAGAACCUUCUGCUGACCCACCUGGGCCUACAAUCACACCCCAAUCCCAGUGCAGAGGCACAGGUGCCCCAGUAUCUUCUGGACUUGUAUCGUUUCCACACUCAACAGUACCAUCUAAUCGAAGACCCAGAGUUUAGUUUCCCCUCCCAGCAUGUGCAAGGAGUCAACACGGUCCGAUGCUUUCACCACAUAGAGUCUACAAGUUUGCCAGAGGAGCAGGAAGGGACCGCAGACAGUUUUCAUAUUGGCUUCAACCUGUCUUCCAUUCCAUCCGAUGAGCGUGUGGUGUCCGCAGAGCUACGUUUCCUGCAUGAGGGGCCAGGCGCAAGUUCUCACACAGUCAGCCUUUAUCUUUUCAAUGGUGACCCCGAGUCAAAACCCAAACUACUCCAUUCUCGUCAGCUGACUAGAGAAACAAAGACCACAGAAGUCUGGGAAACCUUUCCCCUGCAUGGAGAAGUCUUCCAGAGUGUAUCUGAGAGGUCAGGGAGCCUGUCUUUCAUCCUGGAUGUUAUCACAGAUAACAUCAGUCUUCCAAAAGAGAGACAUCUGCGGGUGCGCAGGUCCGUAGGACAGGACGAGCCCAACUGGGCAAGGCAGAGACCCCUACUGGUGACGUACAGUCAUGAUGGGCGCACUGAACCAUUUGUGCCCCUCAAAAAGCGGCGCCCUGCUGGCAGACGAGGCAGGGGCAGAUGGACUGGUGGCAGGUUUAAGGAUGAAAGGGGACAGGGCUUGGAUGUAGGCUGGCGGGGGGGAUGGAAUGAAAGGCGAGUGAAACGGAACGGCGGGAGGGCCGCCAAGCUCAAACGCCUCUCCCGUGCUCGCUGCCGUCGGCACCCUCUGUACGUGGACUUUAAAGAUGUAGGCUGGAAUAAAUGGAUCGUGGCCCCAUCCGGUUACGAUGCUUUCUUUUGCCUUGGUGAGUGCCGCUUCCCACUGGCUGACCAUAUGAAUUCAUCUAGCCAUGCCAUGGUGCAGACACUGGUUAACUCAGUUAACGGGGCGGUGCCACGGGCCUGCUGCGUUCCCACAGCUCUGAGCCCCAUUGCUCUACUCUACCUGGACCAGGAGGAGCGUGUGGUGUUAAAGAACUAUCAAGACAUGGUGGUAGAGGGCUGCGGCUGCCGAUAACAAGAGACAUAUGGAAUAAAAUGAGAGAGAGAUUAGGGAAUUGGGGGGGUAUUUAAAAGCAGAAUCAAAGGGAAUAAAGGUAGGAGGUGAAUAAAGAGAUGUAAAGUGAGUCAGCAAGAGAAAGAAAGCGAGGUAAAACGGUUCUUAUAUUGUCCACGAAAUCUCUAAACUCUUUAAAGUAAUGGUUCACCCAAAAAUGAAAAUUUGGAAUGAAUAGUUACAAUGAAUAGAAACUGUAGCUUUAAAGCUUAAAAGCACCAUAAAAGCAGUCUACACAACUUGUGCACUAUAUUCCAAGUCUUUUGAAGCCAUAUGAUAGUUUUGUAUGAUGAACAGACCAAAUUUAAGUCAUUAUUCUCUACCCUCACUCUCAUUGGCACAUUCAUGAGAGAAAUGGCAAUGUUGUUUUGUGUUUAAUAUUUUCAACAAAUUGGGUAAUCUGGUUCCCAAACCAGUCUGAAUGAUUCGUUCAUGAAUUGGACUGAUCCAUUUCUUGAGUUCAACUCACUAACUCAAUUCAAUCACAGGAGUUAAUAGCUCACUUGAGAUGAAUAUUACCAGUUCACAACCAAAUUUCAGUUUGUUUCUCACCCAGUGCUAUCAUAUGGCUUUAGAAGACUUGCAAUGUAGUGGAUAGAGUCAUAUGGACUGCUUUUGUGGAGGUUUUGUGAUUUUUGUUUUUAAGGCACCAGUGUAAUGCAUUUAAAAGAGUGACCUGAAUAGUCUUUUUGUGUUCCACUUAAGAAAAUCAUACAGGUUUGGAACAACAUCCUGGUGAGUAAAUUAUGACAUAAUUUUAAUUUCUGGGUGAAUUAUGCCUUUAACAUGAGCACCUUUCCACAAUCCUGACUUCUUGUGUCCAGUAAAGCUUUGUAUUUGUGUGAACUAUGACCCUCAAAAGCACUCAGUUCAGAUGUGACGUGUCAGUCUUACGUAAUAUACUCCAGCUUUCUGUCUUUCUGUCAUUGUCCAAUAGCUGUGUUCUUCUUGUUGUGUCUUUGGUGCUCCUGUUCCAUAUGUCCUUGCUUUAUUAACAUCAUGUCACUGACAACUCAAAGGGAUCAAGCAGCAACCAUGGACUCAUGCACAAAAGUGCUUUAUAUCAAGGGGAGACUUGCUUGCAAGGAUUGGACUGUUCAUCUCUGGUUGGAAAUUCAACUUCAAAGGAUGUGCUGUGACAGAGACAGUAACUGAUUACAGGGCGCUUCUCAUUAAGAGCUAUUUAAAAUCAUGACAACAAGAAAUUAUUAUGUUAUUGUUUUAAUGUAUAAGUGCUGUUAUUUAUGGUGACCUGUUAUUUUUGUUAAUGGUGCAGUCCAAAGAAAGAAAAGUUUGUAAAACAAAUAAUUCUGUGGUAGUAAAGUAAAUCUAAUUUAAGAAUGCAUAUAUAUAUAUAUAUAUAUAUAUAUAUAUAUAUAUAUAUAUCUGUAUAUAUUAGGGCUGUCAAACGAUUAAAAUAUUUAAUCGCGAUUAAUCGCAUAUUCUUUUUAAACAUGAGUGGACAAAAUAUGCUUCAUCCAGAUGUAUUUUUCGGUCAUCCACACAAAACCUACCCCACCAACAGAGUUGAACAACAGAAAAUUAACACAACUCAAUUCAAAUUAUGUACAAAAUAUGGUAGUUGUAAGUGUAUUAUGUCAGGAUUUAUUCGCUUCUUUUUGUGGAAUUUUGACAGACAUAAUCUGCGGAACACAAGGCAGGUGUUCAAAUGGCAGUUGUCUUGCCGCUGCAAUCAUGUUACAAAGUUCCGAGCUCUAUCUGUGCUUUGCGGGCAUGUUCUACUGCUGUGCUACACUGAUAAAAUGCUUGGUGCAGGUAUCAGCAUAAUGUCUCCCACUAUCUGUUUUCCCAACGGUCAAUACAUGUGACAUUAGCGCCGUUUGCGCGAAUUGACUUGCUUCUCAUGAACUACAGUUUAUACAAAUGUUCAUAUUACGCGUUAAAAACAUUAGUGGAGUUAAAUUAAUUUUGUGUUAACGCAUUAACUUUGACAGCACUAAUAUAUAUAUAUAUAUAUAUAUAUAUAUAUAUAUAUAUAUAUAUAUAUAUAUAUAUAUAUAUAUAUAUAUAUAUAUAUAUAUAAAUAGCAAAAUAUAUGGAGUAUUUAAUCUUGACAAAUACUGCAGAUAUACAAAUACCAGAACGCCUUAUAGAUCCAUUCAUAGCCAGUCAAAACUGGUGUUGCUCAUCUAUUAUUUGUAAAUCCACCGCACUGAAUAAUGGCAGCUUUAUCUUGGCAUUGAUUUAAAGGUGCACUCAGUAAGUUUUUGUUUGUGUACUUACACUGACACCUAGGGGCAUGGAUGCAGCAUCAUUCAAACACAAUAUUUUUCAGGUAUACGUAGAUGCCAUUGUAGAAAAUCAGUAUUCACAGUAAACCAUGAUUAAUUUAAUUCACGAGUGAAAGUGUCCAAUAACAGGGCGGUUACUGAGAUUAAGUGAGUAGUAUUCGUCUGGUCAUGUGAUCCUAACAUGGUAGCCCCCAUGAGGGGACCCUCUCCAUGUAGAAUAAAACAGGUUUUAUAAGGUAACUGAAAUGACUAGAGACUUCAUCAAAAGUGAGUCAUCAUGAUUAUAUACAAAAUUACGAUUAAUUUCUUUAGGAGUAAAACUUUUAAAGUUAAAAAAUUACUGAGUGCACUUUUAACUAUGGGCUCUUCACUGACAAUAGAAGCUUUGUGAAACAAAGAAAGUUGCCUAAACAUUUCACUAUACGGUGCUGAAAUGUUGUUACGGGCCAUAAGUGUGCCAGUUUGUUAAUUGGUAUUCUACAUAACUUUGUGUCAUUUGUCAUCAUGUAGUUAUCACACAUUUCAAGACAAGAGGCAGUUCAAAAAAGCUAAGAUCAUCACUGCUUUUGGUCCAAGCUUAUUUCGAUGUUCUGUCAUAAAUAGCUGAAUAUAUUUUACCAGUGUGAUGCUUUACUUGGAGAAUGUAAGCAAAAGCUUUUAGAAUGUCUGGCAUUGUAUGGAGCCAUUGUGAAAUGUGUAAUAAAACAGCAAAUAAAUCAGGCAGUACUAACUCUCAAAGGGUUUUC